AUGAAGGACGGCAUCAAGGAUGACCUUCUGCGAGGAAUGGUGGAAAUCAAGCCAACGCCCAUCCAGAGGCUUGCUAUUCCAGCCAUGCUGGGCCAGGCUAGCGCCUUCAAAGUCCGGGGCGAGAAGAGGCAAGACUUUCUACUUGCUGCCGAGACUGGUUCUGGCAAGACGUUGGCGUACAUGCUGCCGGCCGUCAACGCUAUGAAGAUCGCUGAGGAAGCCAACCCUGAGAUCCAGUCCUUCAUGAAGCGCUUCCAGGAGGAGAAGGAAAGAGAACAGAAGGCCAACAAGGGCCCCAAGUCCAAGAAAAUGUCUGCAUUCGAUGAGCCUCACCCGACCAUGGCUAGACCUCGCAUCAUCGUUCUGGUCCCUUCUGCAGAGCUCGUGGAACAGGUUGGAAAGGUGGCCAAAACCCUGUCGCACGCCGUCAAGUUCAAGGCAGAGGUUCUCUCCGCCAACCUCAAGGCCCUGACGAUCCAGCGCAAUCUGUACUCGCCGCGUGGUGUCGACAUGGUUGUCACGACGCCUCACCUGCUAGCCUCGAUUGCCGAGUCCGAUCCCAACGUCCUCUCUCAAGUCACCCAUCUGAUUGUCGACGAGGCGGACUCGCUCUUUGACCGAAGCUUUGCCCCCGUUACCACGACCAUCAUUGAUAGGGCGAUGCCGUCCUUGAAGCAGUUCAUACUCUGCUCAGCAACAAUACCCAAACGACUGGACAAUUACCUCGCCAACAACUUCCCCAACAUGACGAGAAUCACAACGCCGAACCUUCAUGCUAUCCCCAGAAGAGUUCAACUCGGUGUCAUUGAUGUUGUCAAGGACCCUUACCGCAACAACAAGAACCUGGCCUGCGCCGAUGCCAUCUACACUAUUGGUCGAGAAGCCUCCAAGCACGAGGGCCCGAUCCAAGGUGAAAUCGACGUCCGCCGAAUUAUGGUGUUUGUCAACGAACGUGAGAAGACAACGGAGGUUGCUGAAUACCUUCAAUCUAAGGGCAUCGACGCUAUUGCGUUGAACCGGGACGCAGCCGAGAGCCGCCAGUCCGAAAUGCUGAAAGCCUUCACUUCUUCAGAACCCUUGCGCGCAGUGUCAUCACCAGAGGCCCCCGUACCAGGCAAACGAUCGCUGCCCAACACCAAGGUCAUUGUUGCCACCGACUUGGCCUCUAGAGGUAUUGACACAUUGGCUGUCCGCCACGUUAUUCUUUACGACGUCCCGCACACUACCAUCGACUUUAUCCAUCGCCUGGGAAGAGCGGGUCGCAUGGGACGACGUGGAAGAGGCAUUGUGCUUGUUGGCAAGGAUGACAAGAAGGACGUCGUUGCCGAGGUUAAGGAGAGCAUGUUCAUGGGUCAGGCACUUAUCUAG